CAAAUGGCCAUAGGUGAUACAUAGUGUUAGGUCUAUAGACUUUGGUGAAGAGGUUUGAAAGGCUUAGGCUCUUUGUAGUUCCCCAAGUUAGGUAAACAGUUAGCCUUUCAAAAGUUUCAAUAGAAAGUUGAAUAAUAGGGAAAAUUAUAAGUGAGGUACAUGGAAUUAAUCACUCAUUUGAAGGGUUUUGUAGCACCUUAGCGCAAGGUUUGCUGGGAACUGGUUUGUGGACCUGUGGCAAACAGACCCUUAGGCAUCAAGAGAGCUUCGCUGGUUUAAUUUAUUAAUUCGUCUUCCUCUGAGCGGAUCAUUUCAAGACAAGCCAGAAAAAAGAAAGGACAAAAUGAAUCCAAUGGUGGAAGCUUUUGCUGCCUUUUUGGGCUUUUUGGGUUGGAUCAUGGUUGGUGUGGCCCUUCCGAAUCGAUACUGGAGGGAGUCUAGUGUGGACGGUAAUGUUAUCACCACCUCGACCAUCUACGAAAACCUGUGGAUGUCCUGUGCAACUGAUUCUACCGGGGUUCACAACUGCCGAGACUUCCCAUCUUUACUCGCUCUUAAUGGGUACAUUCAAGCCUCCCGGGCGCUGAUGAUUGCCUCCAUUGUGUUUGGGACGUUCGGCCUUGUGGCGUCUCUUGUGGGGAUGCAGUGCAGCAAAGUGUGUGGAGAAAACUACGUCCUGAAAGGGAGGAUUGCGGCAAUCGGAGGGGUGUUCUUUUUACUCCAAGGGCUUUGCACCAUGAUUGCUGUUUCUUGGUAUGCAGCCAACAUCACCCAGGAGUUCUUUAAUGAACUUUAUUUAGGAACAAAGUAUGAGAUUGGACAGGGUCUGUACAUCGGCUGGUCGUCUGCUGUACUUGCCAUCUGUGGAGGUUCCUGCUUGUUAUGUGCUUGCAAGCAGAACUCUCCCAGUGAAAAGAUAUCCUACCCAUACCAGCCAGCCUCCAGGGGACAUGUUCUGUCAACUGUGGCAACGUCUCAGUCUGCACCGAGUAAUUAUAACAGGAACGCGUAUGUGUGAGGGUCCUCCAAGGAGAACCCACUUCAGCAGAUCCUUUCUUUUCCUUUACCUAACAUAAAGGUUUAAAUCACUAAGAAAUUACAGUGUGAGUAAUUAAUGGAAAUUGAUUUUAGGAAUUCACUGUAAACUGUAUCAGAUAUUUUAUCCCAAGCAAUGCGUUACAAGAUUUUUAAUGUUUAAACUGUUACUGCAACUUAACUUUCCUUUUCUGUACUUAGAUGAUUUGUACUCAAUAACAAUCAGCAGGCUUAAAGAUUGAUAAUCCUGUACUUUUUAUACGACUAGAAGCGAUAAAGUUAACUGAAUAAAGAAUAUGUGAUCAUGUUAA